AUGCUCCGCACCGUCCCGAGGUCUAGGACCUGGAAGUACAUCUCCUCUCGAAACCUCGGUUCAAGACAGACUCUAUUCCAGAACCACCGCAACUUGAGUUCGAGUUCGGAAUAUGACUCGACUUUGAAGAAUCUUAAGAUUGGUAGCCAUACCCGGGUUAUAUUCCAAGGAUUUACAGGGAGACAAGCAACGGCCAACGCUUGUGAAUCCAUAGAAUGGGGCACAAAUAUCCUGGGGGGCGUCACUCCCGGCCGUGAGGGCGAACACUUAGGACUACCUGUCUUUCCUACUGUCCGCAAGGCUGCGGAAGUCCUAAAGCCGGACGCGACGGGCAUUUAUGUAGCCGCACACCAAGCCGCCGGAGCGAUCGAAGAGGCGAUCGAAGCUGGAGUACCACUUAUCGUCGCCGUGGCGGAGCACAUUCCACUCCAUGACAUUCUCCGAAUUCACUCCAUAUUAAAAACACAGUCCAAGUGUAGACUCAUCGGUGCGAAUUCGCCUGGUAUCAUAUCGGCAGUGGGAAAGUGUAGAAUCGGUUUCCAACCGCUGCCGUGCUUCGAGCCUGGGAGGAUAGGAAUCGUGGCAAGAUCGGGGACGUUGAGUUACGAAACCGCCGCCUCUACCCUCAGAUCUGGUUUGGGGCAAAGUAUGUGUAUAGGUGUCGGCGGGGAUAUCCUCCCAGGCACGAGUCUAAUGGAUGGCCUUAAGAUCCUCGCCGAGGACAAGGAUACGGAAGGGAUCGCAGUAAUAGGGGAAAUUGGGGGUGAGGCUGAGCUUGAGGCUGCGGAUUGGAUCAGAGAGUACCGAACUACUACUGAAAACCCGAAACCGAUGGCUGCUCUCGUUGCCGGUGUGAACGCGGUUCCAGGCCGGCUCAUGGGCCACGCCGGAGCAUUUACUCUACCUGGAGAACCAUCCCCGCUAGACAAGAUAGAGGCCUUGAAGGCAGCUGGAACAGCUAUAGUCAACCAUCCUUCUAGAUUCGGGCCGGUAUUAAAAUCUAUGCUGGAAGGUGUGACGCCCACGGGUUCUGGUGUCUCUCCUUCACUCAACGGAUCUCAGCGAAGAGGAAUACACAGCAUUGUCCACCGUCCUGUUCCAUCCCAGCAUGCCACACGUCAUCUUCCCCGGAACCAAAAAAGAAACAUCUACCUUUCCUCAGACGCUGCCCUCAAUCUCCUCCGUCAACACGGCGUCCCCAUCGCCAGCGGCUUCUCCACCGGCCCUCAGAAGCUCCUGGCAAUAAGCAUCGACCGAUCCGCCAAAACCCCCUGCAUCAUCGCCUCCCCAACCGGCGACACCUCCCAAGCAGCCAAAUUCGCCUUCGAGCCCAUCCCCACGUCUGCCAUACUGCAACACCUCAAUUUCGACAGCGCCUCCAGCACCUCUCUACACACCCUCCUCACAACGCUAUCCUCGCUCUUCACUUCCAAAGAAGCCUUCCUCCUCGAAACCCUCGUCUCCGUCUCCCCCUCCGCCGGAACCACCAUCCACGUAUCCUCCGCGCGCUUCGGCUUCGACGACGCCGCCGCCUUCCGCAGCUGCGUUCGCCAACCCGACAUCCACCACCACCACCACCACCACACCUUACCACGCGAUGGGGACGGGGACGGGAACGAGCACCCGGCGGAAAUCGAAGCUGCCAAGCACGGGAUAGUGUAUAUCAGGAUCGACGGGCCAGACAAUAACAAUAACAAUUGUAUCGGUACCCUGGUCAACGGCGCCGGCCUGGCGAUGAACACCGUCGACGCCCUAGUCGAUGCCGGGGGCCGCGCGGCGAAUUUCCUGGAUACGGGGGGGAAGGCGACGAGCGAGACGGUGAAGAGGAGCUUCGAAGCUAUUUUGACGGAUUCGAGGGUUAAGUGCAUAUUCGUCAACAUAUUCGGCGGCCUGACGCGCGGGGACAUGAUAGCCGAAGGGGUGGUUCUGGCGUUCCGGGACCUGGGGAUGGCAGUGCCCGUGGUGGUGCGCAUCCGCGGGACGAACGAGAAGGAGGGCCAGAAGAUCAUUGCCGACAGCGGGUUGCCGCUGUUCGCUUUUGACGACUUCGACGAGGCUGCUAGGAAGGCUAUCGAGUUGGCUAACCAGGGGCUGUAG